GAUCUAUGUUACAUGCAAACUGCAAACGCACAAACUAAAAAAAGACCGUCUUCAAGUGAUGUGACUCCAUGGUUUUAAAAGAAAAACAUAUUUUUCAAUAUAAACCUCCUGCAGAAUAUAUUAAUAUUAAACUUUCUGAUGGUUGGUAAUAAAUCCCCAACCAAUACCAGAGAACCAAAACACAACAACACACACCAAAAUAUAUUCUACUCAAAUUUUCUUUUUUGAAGCCUCACAUUUUUAAACUCUUUCUUUCCUUGUUGUUGUAAUGACAGGUUGCUUCAGCUUCUCUGAAGUAAUAGAACGGACUUACAAAUCCGGUUUCAAAAGAUCCGGUUUACGACCCGUAACCAUCGACUUAAAAGACGGAACCGUGGUCCAUUUCUGGGUCUCCAAGACCCGACUCGAAUCCAAACCCAACCUCCUCCUCAUCCACGGACUCGGAGCUUCUGCCAUCUGGCAAUGGUACGACGUCGCACGACGCCUCUCCCCUCAUUUCAACCUCUUCAUCCCGGACCUCGUUUUCUUCGGCGGAUCCUCCACGACCCGACCCGAAAGAUCCGAUAUUUUCCAAGCCCAGACGCUUAUGCGGGCCUUAGAGGCCCAAUCCGUGAAACGUUUCAGCCUCGUCGGUCUUAGCUACGGCGGGUUCGUCGGUUACCGAAUGGCGGCGAUGUACGGAGACGCCGUGGAGAAGGUGGUGAUAUGCUGCGCCGCCGUGUGCGUGGAGGAGAAGGACAUGAGAGACGGCGUUUUCAAGGUGUCGGAUCUUGAUGAAGCUUCAAAGAUUCUGGUGCCGGAGUCUGUGAAGAAGCUAAGGGAACUUAUUGGUUACAUCUUCUACAAGCCGGCGCUGGCGAGAAUGGUUCCUCCUUGUCUGCUCCAUGAUUUCAUCGAACAUGCAUUGACCAGAAAUAAUGUAAAAGAAAAGAGGGAGAUGAUCAAAGACAUACCAAGAGAUAGAAUAGUAUCAGAGAUUCCAAAGCUCACACAGCCAACAUUGAUAAUAUGGGGAGAGCACGAUCAAGUGUUUCCACUGGAGAUGGGAAAGAGACUUAAGGAUCACUUAGGAGACAAUGCGAAACUUGUUAUCAUCAAAAGAACUGGUCAUAUCUUUAAUUUCGAGAAACCUAAGACUUAUGUUAGACUUCUCAAGUCUUUUCUUAUUCAGACGAAACAACAUGUUUCUGUCUCUAAUGGUACUGUUUGAGUAUUAAACGCUCUAGUCUUGAUUAUGUAAGGAUUGUUAACACAUAUAACUAGUGUUUGGCUCUUAAAAACAACAGGUUACUGUCUCUAAUGGAACUGUUUCAGUC